AUGAACAGUGCAAAAGAUCCGUUGACUUUGGACCACCUUAGAAACAGCAGCAGCGGCAAUAAAUUGGUGCGGGAACAAACUGCAUUAGCUAUGGCUUCGGGUUUGCAACCGGUACGAACGAGCGAGCCGAAGCACCGGCUCGAGAUUCACACUUUAUCGGACACCUCCAGCCCUGACACAGGAGAAAAAGAAAAAAAUCAGCAAAGUAAAAAUGAUGACACAAAUACAGACGAUCCCUCAAAGAAAAAGAGACAAAGGCGCCAGAGAACUCAUUUCACCAGCCAGCAGCUACAAGAACUGGAGGCAACUUUCCAGAGAAAUCGCUACCCAGACAUGUCUACGAGAGAAGAGAUUGCAGUUUGGACCAAUUUAACUGAAGCUAGAGUUCGGGUUUGGUUUAAAAACCGCAGGGCCAAGUGGAGGAAGAGGGAGCGCAACCAACAAGCGGAACUUUGCAAGAGCGGCUUUGGUCCUCAGUUCAAUGGCCUGAUGCAACCCUAUGAUGAUAUGUACACUGGCUACUCCUACAACAACUGGGCCGCCAAGGGCUUGACAUCGGCUUCGCUCUCCACCAAGAGCUUUCCGUUCUUCAACUCAAUGAACGUGAACCCUCUCUCCUCUCAGGCCAUGUUCUCCUCUCCCAAUUCCAUCUCCUCCAUGAGCAUGUCAUCUAGCAUGGUCCCUUCUGCAGUGACCGGGGUCCCAGGCUCUGGCCUCAACAGUCUCAAUAACUUGAACAACCUAAGCAACCCGUCCCUGAACUCCGCCGUCCCAUCAGCAACCUGCCCCUAUGCUCCGCCAACCCCACCCUACGUCUAUAGAGACACUUGCAAUUCCAGCUUGGCCAGCCUUAGACUCAAAGCCAAGCAGCAUUCAAGUUUCGGAUACGCCAGUGUUCAGAACCCAGCGUCUAACUUGAGCGCCUGCCAGUAUGCCGUAGACAGGCCUGUGUGAGGAAUCAAAUGAAACUUCUCAGACUGAUGAACUCCAAGAAAUAAUUUAAAAUAUAAUGGGCACUA